UCAGUUGAUUUCUUUCUCUUUCACCCCCUAAAAAGCAACAAAAAGUUUCCAACCAAAUCAUAACACUCCAAAUUCUCCUCCCCAACUUUCUUCCUUCCUUCCACCACCACACCAGUCCACCCAUUCUCUCUCUCUCUCUCUCUCUUUCCAACAAAAAAGUCCUACAAACCUUGACGGCCGACCCCUUUACUUUACUCCGGCGUAUACCCUUUUCAGACUUCGAUCAAAAGUCCAAAUUACUUCCUCAUUAUUUCAAUAGUCAAAAUUCAUCGGAAAGUUUCCACUUUUGAUAGCAGAAUCGGCACAGAGAGAGAGAGAGAGAGAGAGAGAGAGUCGAGAAAUCAGGCGGAGAUGUACAAGAACCAGCUACAAGAGCUGGCGCAGAGGAGCUGCUUCAACCUCCCUUCCUACACCUGCAUACGAGAAGGCCCCGACCACGCGCCGCGCUUCAAGUCAAUCGUCAACUUCAACGGCGACACCUUCGAGAGCCCCAACUACUGCUCCACCCUCCGCCAGGCCGAGCACGCCGCCGCCGAGGUCGCACUCAACUCCCUCUCCAACCGCCGCCCCUCUCACUCCCUCGCCGCCAGAAUCCUCGAUGAGACAGGUGUUUACAAGAACCUCUUACAGGAGAUUGCACAGAGAGUCGGAGCCCCAUUGCCCCAGUACACUACUUUCAGGUCAGGGCUUGGACACCAACCCAUCUUCACUGGAAUGGUAGAACUGGCAGGAAUAAUUUUUACUGGGGAACAUGCCAAGAACAAAAAACAAGCUGAGAAAAAUGCAGCCAUGGCAGCAUGGACAUCUCUUAAACAAUUGGCACAACAAGAUGCAACUUCAUCAAGUGAAACAGAGAACAAUGAUGAGCUAGAACAAAUUAAAAUUGCACGAGCAUUAUUGAAUUACCGGCGUAAAGAAAAGAUGGGAAUGUCCGAUUCCAGUGCUCCUGUCACUUUUGAAAAGAAAUUCCUAUUGCAGAACCCAAGACCGAGACCAUCGAGUCCACAGCCUCGCCCAGUUCCCACAUCUAGAAUCCUCCCCUUUAUCUGCCAAAAGAGGGUCCCUCAAUACAGACCCUCAUCCGCGACAACAAACGACGCCUCCACAGGAUCGCCACAGCCUCCUCAAAGGUUUCCGGCAGCAGGGGUAUCUCCUUACAUCCCUAUUCGGCAUUGCAGUACACCGUACCGGGGGAUUGCUCCACCAGUUACAGUGAGAACCGCAGUGCCUGUUUUCUCUGCUCCACCACUUCCACCACCCUCUAUGCGUCCUUCACAAGUGGUGAAGCACCAACCUGUGCAAAUUGCGCCUCCUGUCUGUAUUAAGCAGGCUGUGCCGGUUCAAAAGGAAGAGCCACCCGCUCGAAAGGGAGAGCAACCCGUACGAAAAGAUGGACCACCGGCAGUUGUGGCCCCUGCUCCACGACGUGAAUCACCAGAUCAAGUGUACGAGCUAUUGGAACAGCUCAAAAUCUAAUGAUGGCAUGAAAAAGGAUUUGAAUCUGUGGGAGCAAUAUUAUACUAUGAUUUUGUAUUAAUUUUGUGUUUGUUUUUAUAUCUUAUUUAAUGGGUCCUUUUUUGACUCCUUUUUUGUUCA